AUGCGCAUGGCCCCCCCCUCACCUGCGGCCCUCAGGUGGAGCAGCGGCGGGAAAGGGGCGGGAGCGCGGGAACGGCGGCACCGGGGCGCAUGCGCACAGCGCCGCCUCUCCCCCCCUCUCACCGCACCGACCUGUGCGCGCUCCCGCGGCCUCUCCGUGCGCGUCACCGCCACCGCCGCCUCGCCGUCCGUGCGCGCCCCCGCGCGCGCGCACUCGCCGCCCCCCCCUUGUCCUACGGGGUGUUUCCCCCCUCCCUUCACGGCAGUGCGCGUUCCCUCCCCGCCUCCGAGCGCGCUCCCGCACACGCGCACUCACUCACUCACCCCCCCCCCCCCCACCCCCCCUUCAACCUUCCCGGCCCUUCAAACGCGGCCUCGGCCCGCGCGCGCUCCCGCCUGCCUCUCCCCCCCCCCGCCGAACCCCCGUGCGCGCUCCCGCCGCACACCGAUCCGUCAUUCCCCCCCCUCCUCUCCCCACAUACACACAGCACCGAGCCCCGCGCGCGCGCGCGCCCCCGCGAGGACCGGCGGCGGCUGCGGCGGCGGCCACGUAGCGCUGCGGCGGCGGCCGAGGGGCAGCGGGACCCGCGUCCGCUCGCCCGCGGCGGCGGCGGCAGCGCCUGGGCCUGAGCGCCGGCCCCGGGCCGAGGCGGCGGCGGCGGCGGCCACCGGACUCGGGGGGCUCUACCGGGGGCUCUGCGCGGGGUUGGAGACUCUGCUCGGGGUCCGGGGGUAUCCCCCAGGAUUGGAGGUUCUGCCCGGGGUCUGGGGGUUCUGCCCGGGAUCGGGGGCUCUGUCUGGGGGCUCUGCCCGGUAUCGAAGGCUCUCCCCGGGGCUGGAUUCUCUCCCCGGUGUCCCCGGGGCUCUGUGUCCCCUCCCCGCGGUCCCGGGGCUGUAUCACCUGCCUGGGCGAGGGAAGGGGAAGGGAAGCGAUAGUGGCGUCUCGGCGGGUUUAACAGAAUUACACGCACAAAAAGAAACCAACCUUGAUUUGGAAACCCACCUUGGGUUUGGUGGAAGGACCACGUGGCGCUUCCUGCAGGAGGAAGUGGCAGCGUCCCGGGCAAAUUCCAGCCUGGAAAACCGCGGGGGAGAUGUGGAUGGGCAAACUGAUACUAUAAAAUGCUCGAGGGCUCCGCUUCCUGCCGAGGAUCCCUCCCUGCCCUGCCCCUGCCGUGAUCCCGAACCUCACCCCAGCCCGUCCAGGACCCCCGACCCCGCCGGGCUCCCAUGGAAGAGGCGCCGGGCCGGAGCAGCCCCCCCGAGCCGCAGCCCCGCGGGACGGAGGGCGCCCCAUGAGCCCCCCCAGAUGAGCCAGGCAGCCAAGGGCGAGCCCCCACCCGGGGCCGGCAUGGCACAGGAGGGGCCACCUGCCUUCUACCCCGGCCAGGAGCUCGACCUGUCCACCAAGGUGUACAAGAGGGAGUCAGGGAGCCCCUUCUCGGUGCUGGUGGACAGCAAAGUGAGCAAAGGCCACCUCCACGAGAGGGAGGAGCAGCCGUUUUUCAGGGAGAGCAGAGCGGUAGGAGAGGUCCGGGCUGUGAAAGAAGACAGGGAAAACUCUGACGACUCUGAGGAGGAGGAAGAGGAGGAAGAUGAAGUGACUUACAAAAGGGAGCAGAUUAUAGUGGAGGUAAACCUUAACAACCAAACCUUAAAUGUGUCCAAAGGGGAGAAGGGUGUCCCCUCCCAAUCCAAAGAGACUGCUGUCCUUAAGAGCAGCAGUGAGGAAGAGGAGGGUGACAGUGGGGAAGAGGCCACGGAAGACAGUAAUGAUUAUGAGGAGAAUGAGAGGCAGAAGAAAAAGGAGAAAAGAGUGGAGAAGGUUAGUGUUGGCCAGAGGAGAAGCAGGAGAGCAGCCUCGGCCGCGGCCGCCGCCGCCUCCCCGGCGCCCAGAGCGACGCGGGGGCGCAGAAAGAGCGCAGAGCCCCCAAAACGUAAGAAGAAAACUGCAAAGGAGCCCAAGGCACCUGUGCAGAAAUCAAAGUGUGAAGAGAAGGAGACUCUGACCUGUGAGAAGUGCCCCAGGGUGUUUAACACACGCUGGUACCUGGAGAAGCACAUGAACGUCACCCACAGGCGGAUGCAGAUCUGCGACAAAUGUGGGAAGAAAUUUGUGCUAGAGAGUGAGCUGUCCCUCCACCAGCAAACUGACUGUGAAAAAAACAUCCAGUGCGUGUCCUGCAACAAAUCCUUCAAGAAGCUCUGGUCCCUCCACGAGCACAUCAAGAUCGUGCACGGCUACGCCGAGAAGAAAUUCUCCUGCGAGAUCUGCGAGAAGAAGUUCUACACCAUGGCCCACGUGCGCAAACACAUGGUUGCCCACACCAAGGACAUGCCCUUCACCUGUGAGACCUGUGGGAAGUCCUUCAAGCGCAGCAUGUCCCUCAAGGUGCACUCCCUGCAGCACUCGGGGGAAAAACCCUUCAGGUGUGAGAACUGUGACGAGAGGUUCCAGUACAAGUACCAGCUGCGCUCCCACAUGAGCAUCCACAUCGGGCACAAGCAGUUCAUGUGCCAGUGGUGUGGCAAGGACUUCAACAUGAAGCAGUACUUUGAUGAGCACAUGAAAACCCACACAGGAGAGAAGCCCUUCAUCUGCGAGAUCUGCGGCAAGAGCUUCACCAGCCGGCCCAACAUGAAGCGGCACCGGCGGACGCACACCGGGGAGAAGCCGUACCCCUGCGACGUCUGCGGCCAGCGCUUCCGCUUCUCCAACAUGCUCAAAGCCCACAAGGAGAAAUGUUUCCGUGUCACCAGCCCCGGCGCCAGCCCCGGCCCCGCUCUGCUCCCCGGCCCCGCUCCCGCUCCCUGCCCGGCCCCUCCGGCCGCGGGCGCCGCGCUGGGGCUGGGUCCGGCCGCGCCCCCCCGGCCCGUCCCGCACCCCUACGGCCCCCUGGCCCUGCAGCCCCACGGGCAUCACCCCCACGGGCAUCACCCCCAGCACCUGCCCGUGCCCCCCGUGCCGCACCUGCCCCCUCCUCCUGCCCUGUUCAAGAGCGAGCCCCUGAACCACCGCGGCCACGGCCACGGCCACGGCGGCAGCGACGGCUUCCUGAGGCACCUGGAGAAGGCCAGCCCGGCACAGCCGCACUGA